AUGUCUGCCCAACUGCCUGAUGCUAGAAGCUCCGAUGUGGAGCUCACGCAGCCAACCCACGAAGAAGCCGUACAACAGACCAGACUCAACAGUACUGAAUGGAAGGGCGCUUUAUCCCUCGAUGCAUACCUUGGUAGAGAGGAACAUCUCGGCAAGCAAAAACUGAUCAGUGGUGGUGGUCUCACCUCUUGGGCAUUGGUGACAAAGACCGGUAGCCCUCGUGCCGUCCUUUCGAGCUGUGAGACCAUCCGCAAGAAAGCUCUUGUUGUCCAAAAUGGUCAGGUCAAGGAAGUAAUCUGUCAUGGCGUGGCUAGUGUAUUCUGCCCUCCAGAAUACCGUGGUAAGGGUUAUGCCGGAAGAAUGAUCAAGGACUUGGGAGAGAAGCUGCACAACUGGCAAACAGAGGGGCGCGAUUGUUUGUUUAGUGUAUUGUAUUCGGAUAUUGGCAAGCCAUUCCCAUCUGCUCACGUUUCGCUUCCUCCAUCGAAUCUGCAACACGAAUCUCUGCCGGAAGCGAAGUUCCUACACGCUGGCGAUCUGGCGGAGCUGUGCGAUACUGACCUGGAGUUGGUGCACAAGAAGCUUGCCAGUGUUGCAUCCUCAGGCAAGACGAUUGCUUCGAUCAUACCCGAUGUCGAAACCUUUUCAUGGCACCAUGCUCGUGAGGAAUUUGUUGCAAAUGAGCUGUACGGCAAGUCUCCUGAAGUCAAGGGAGCUAUCGUCGGCAGCGAGAAAGGCAAGCGAGUAUGGUGUGUAUGGAUGCGAACAUGGUACAACAGCGAUCCUCAAAGCACCAAAGACAACACACUGAAUAUUCUUCGACUCGUGGUGGAGGACCCAGAGUACACCGAACUGUCUGCAGCGACAGAUGAAAGUGUGGAGAAGAGCAAGGGUACUUACGUGACUGCAGCCAUCGCAUCACUGUUAGCUGCAGCUCAGGCGGACGCCAGCAAGUGGCACAUGGGCUCGGUCGACAUCUGGAACCCUACAGCUUCAAUGCUAGCGGCUGCANAGCAGCUGGACCACGCAGCACAGGUCGUUCACCGCGAGAAGGACAGUAUUGCGAGCUUGAGAUGGUAUGGAGAAGGAUCGGUGGACAAUGUUGAGUGGCUUGAUAACGAGAAAUAUGCUUGGUGCUGA